AUGGAGCCGCAUAAUUUGCAGGCGGCAUCUACCUAUAUAAAUAAUGUGCUUCUCGCCCGGGGGCUGCUGAAAAGUGGCAGGCCGAUUGAUUUCGCCCAGCCGGAGAAUGAAGAGGGAGGCACUGGGGCUGCUAUGGCGAGAGUCAUCAACCUACGCGAAGCCGAACACCGAGAGAAUCUAGCGACAACGAUUCGGACAUUGCGAGCGGAGGAUGCUCAAAAGACACUCGAAAUUGAGAAACUCAAGGCGAAGACAUCCGAAUUGGCCCGAUCGGUCGCUUUGGCGGAAGCGCAAGAACGUGCCCAGAAAGCUAAUGCAGCGAGUGCCGAUGCUACAGUAAGACAACUGAAAGACAAAGUGCAACGGAUGAAGACUACGAUCCAACAAGUCCGGGCUCAGUGUGCCAACGAUAUCCGCAAGCGUGACCUGGAGAUGCAGAGAUUGAAAUCCCACUUGGCAGAACGCCAGAGAGGGAAACGGGAGGGGCUAGGCGUGACAACCAUCAACAUAAACCCUGCAGUUGAUCGAUCCUCCAAGGCUAAGCUUUUGUCGGGUGGUGAUAAUGUCAACGACCCAGGCUACAGUCUGAAACAGGAAACGAACGAUUUCCUGACAGAGUUAUGCCAGAACCUGAGCGACGAGAAUGAUAGUCUGAUUAUGCUUGCGCGGAACACUGUCCAGACCCUGAAGGACUUACAAGGUUUGCCCCAAGGCGAGGAGAAUGAAGAGUAUUCGAACGGCGCAAGCGUGGGAACUCAAAAAUCAUCACAAGGACCGGUUACUACGCUUCCGGCGUCUUGUGAAGAGCUGUCCAACCAAAUGGAUAGGGUGCUGGAACAUCUGAGAACACUCCUCACUAAUCCCUCUUUUGUACCGCUUGAAGAAGUCGAGGUGCGCGACGAGGAAAUUGGGAGGCUACGGGAAAGUUGGGAAAAGAUGGAGAGCAGGUGGAAACAAGCUGUUACCAUGAUGGACGGAUGGCAUAGACGUAUCGCCGACGGCGGUGGCUCAGUGCAAGCGGAGGAGUUGCGAAUGGGUAUGAGGCUCGACCUUAGUGUAGACUCGGCUCAGGAUCUUGCACCUGCCGACGACGAGGAGACACAGACGCAGUCGCCAAUUUACGAGGAUCAGGAGGCUGAGGAGGAAGAAGAGCCCGCAGCCAAAGCUUCUCAAGAGAGCGUUGAGCUAUCUCCGGCCUCUGUUGACACUCAGCUACCUGUGCGAGAGGAAAAGUCUCAGAAGAGCUCUGAUCGUGCGCUGAAGGAGCGGAGCGAGAAUGUCCGCCCCGCGCGUUUGCCACGAAAGGUUUCUUUCACACCUGGACUCCAUGGUUCACCUUGUGAACCUAGCGGCGGCGAUGAUACUUUGCCAAUCAAAGCACAUCAGUCCGAGACAGUUACCCGCAGGCCGUCGAGGAGAAAACCGGAGACCAAGACGACACGUCAGGUACCCAGUCAGGCUAGCAGACUGCAUGAGCCGAAAAAGCCAGGUCCGACCAAGGAACCGGGCGCCAGUUCACAAACCCGAAUGAGUGUUUCGCAGAAACUAGCCGCCGCCGAGAGUGAAGCCCGCGCCGCGGAACAAGCCCGCAAAGAGGGCGAGAGCCACGGACGGGAGAACUACUGUCCCCGGAUAACGGGGACAUACAACUCGCGAUACGCCGACAAGAGCAAAGCAUACGGGGGCUUCGCGAUGCGCUGGCGCGGGCCGGCGCAUUUCGUGUUCAAGAUCCCCGAUUCGCUGCCCUCGGCUGAGGCGGCGCCGUUGCUAUGUGGUGGGGUUACGGUGUUUGCACCGUUGAGGAAGUACGGCGCCGGGCCGGGGAAGUCGGUUGGGAUUGUGGGCAUCGGGGGACUGGGGCAUUUAGGGAUUUUGUUUGCGAGGGCGCUGGGGUGUGAUCGGGUGGUCGGAAUUUCUCGGACGUCGAGUAAACGGAAAGAUGCAAUUGAGGGGCUUGGAGCGGAUGCUUUCAUUGCUAUUGAUGAGGAGAAGAAGUGGGGGAGGACGCAUUCGCGUUCCCUGGAUCUGAUUAUCUGUACUGUUGAUGCGCCGGAUAUGCCAUUGAGUCAGUAUCUGCGGCUGCUGAAGGUUGAUGGUACGUUUGUGCAGGUUGGGGCGCCUGAGAAGCCGCUUCCACAGUUGACGGCCUUUUCUUUAAUUCAGAAGGGGGUGAAGGUUACCGGGUCGAAUAUUGGUUCGCCAGAGGAUAUUCGGCUCAUGCUGCAGUUGGCGGCGGAGAAACGUGUGUUGCCGUGGAUUCAGAAGAGGCCGAUGGAGGAUGUGAAUGCUGCGUUGGCUGAUAUGGAUGCUGGCAAGGCGCGGUAUCGAUAUGUGUUGGUCAAUGAGACGGAGAAGCAAGCGAAGUUGUAG